AUGUCAUCCAGUGCACUUGUCUUUGGUGCUAAUGGUUAUAUAGGUUUCGGCAUAGCUGUUGGUCUUCGUCGUUCUGGCUUUCACGUCUUCGGAGUAAUUCGUAAUAGUCGUCAUUCAACGCUUCUUGCUCAAAACGAAAUUGAACCAAUUGUCAUUGAAUCAUUCGAUAAAGUAGACUUACUUGCUGAUCAACUUGCAAAAAGUUCGGUGAUUAUUGAUGCUGUUGGUUAUACAAAAUCAUUAUCUGAAAUAAUACUUCAAGCCGUCACUAAAGCUGGUCAACAACGGACACAACAUGGUAAAUUAGCUCAUUAUGCACCUCUUUUUGUUUUUACAUCUGGUAUUAUGACAUAUGGUGAUACAACCAUGUUUGGGUCAUGUCCAGUUGAUGAAAUGAUUAAACCAAAUCCACAAACAAUUGAAAUGAAAACUCGAGAAGACUAUGAAAAUCUUGUUCUUGCUGCAUCAUCUAAUGUUCUUCAUACAACUGUUAUUCGACCAGGUUUUGUUUAUGGUAGUCAUGGUGGUUUUGUUGCUGAUCUAUUCUAUUCCGAAAAAAAAGCUAUUAUUCAUGGACGACGUGAUAAACGAUGGAGUUGGGUACAUAUUGAUGAUUUAGCUGAAGGAUAUGCUCUAAUAGCACGAGCACCACGUGCAAUUAUAAUUGGACAAAUGUGGAAUUUAGCUGCACCUAAUGAUAAUCCAACAUAUGAAGAAGUAAGAACACAUAUGGCUCGUGUUAGUGGACAACAAGUUGAAUAUAAAGAAAAAACAAAUGACGAUAAAAUUCCUCCUCGUUGGGAUACAGAUUCAAUUAUUAAUCCAUCGAAAGCUAUUGAUCAAUUAGGCUGGCGACCAAAACAUGUAGGUUAUAUACAAGAAAUUGAAACAUAUUACAAAUCAUGGGCUGCAUAUAAACAACAACAAGCGGCAACAGAUGAAAAUAAAAAGUGA